AUGGUGUCCUUGCUGUGGAAAUCAUUUUAUGUAGAUGACUUCGCUGGUGGUGCUUUCGACGAUAAUGAAGGAGGUGAAGUCUACGAGAAAUUCCAGACGUUAAUGAGUUCGGGGGGUUUUACCUUACGAAAAUGGCAUACGAAUUCUAAACACUUGCAAGAAAAGAUAGCAACAGAUAGAGCUGAAAACCAACACGAAAGCAACUAUAAAGCAAAUAAUAUCCAGAUACAGUUUUUUUACAAAUAAUACAGUUUUUUUUAAAGAAAUGUAUCUCAAACGAAAAUUCGGAAAUUGUCGUUGCUUAGUUGAUAAACAAAAUGUUUCAGAUGAUAAAUUUGUCAACAAUCACCUUUAGUUCAUGUUCUUGUACAAUACAAUUUCUUGCACCUUCUGGCUGUAUUUAUUCCUAGUUUUUAGAAUGACAUGUUUAUUUUUGCGCUCAAAAUCUGGCUGUAAAGACGCACAAUAAAGUCACUCCUUUUUACUGCCAUUUUGAGCCUUCGGAAACGUUCGGAACAGCUUCUCAUCAAGUUCGCAAUACUAUUACAGGUAAGGUUGACGCAUGCGCAGACGUUUUUCCGCGGUGUUACCUGCUACAAAGCGAUCAGUCCUUCGGCUCUCUGCCAAAAUUUUCGACCCCAUCGGACUGACUGUUAACCCCAUUCACAAUUAAAAUGAAAGUCUUCUUUCAAGAGUUAUGCUUAGCAAAGGUGGACUGGGACGAUGAGUUAAAGGGAGAGCUACUGGAAAAAUGGAAAAGAUUGGUACAUAACUUAAACAGCUUGAAAGACAUCAAAGUUCCGAGAUGUUAUUUCACAAGAAAGGAAGAGCCCCCUGUGAAGCACGAGUUACAUGGAUUCUCUGAUGCAUCCAACAAAGCAUUUGCAGCAGUUGUUUAUCUUCGGACGGAACACGCAAAUGGCAAUAUUGAAAUUAAUCUAGUGGCGUCCAAGACACGAGUAGCUCCAAUAAAGCGUCCGUCUAUACCUCGUUUAGAGUUGCUUGGAGCAACUAUUUUAGUUAGACUUGUCAAAGAAGUGAUGAGCUCUCUAAAAACGCCUCCUGAAGUGUUCUUGUGGAGCGAUUCUUACACCGUCUUGUGUUGGAUUCGUAAUGACAAAACAUGGAAGCCUUUUGUUCAAAACAGAGUGAAGGAAAUCAGGGAACUUUUCGACUGAGAGAAAUGGAGAUUUUGUCCGGGAGAGAUCAAUAUAGCCGAUCUACCUUCAAGAGGUUGUUCUGCAGAGGAACUAGUUAGAAACCAUAGUUGGUGGAAAGGUCCCGAGUUUUUGAAUCAUUCACCCGAGUACUGGCCUCAAGAGCCACAACAAAGCUACAUCGAUAACAAGGAGAAAGCAUUAGCUGAAAUCAAGAAGACCUCACCAACCAUCGUGUACUCAAUGGCGAAUCCAUCAAUCAACAACGAUCGUGAAAGUUUCGAUAUCGGCGAUAUAAUAGACAUAAAUCGAUAUAGCACUAAAUUGAAACUGUUACGAGUAACAGCAACGGUAGUAAGAUAUGUGAAAAGAUGGAGAAAUCCUCGACACAAAUUCGAAAGUGCUGAGUUGACGGCGCAAGAAUUACAUACGAUGGAUCCAGACCGUUCAAGAACACGAAUUUCAACACGAGUUAAAUUACCUUAA